GGCGCCGCCAGCCUCGUCUGGGUGCACCGCCAGCUGCGCUUCGGCGACCGCUGGGCCGGCCGGCUUCUCUGUUACCUGCUGCACGCGCUGGGCGGCGCGCUGCUCUGGCGCGCCUGCAAGCUGCUGCUAGCGUUCGACGCGCGCGACGUGCGCGAGUUCGCCACCCUACGCCACCUGCUAGUGCACGCGCAGACGCUGCCCGUGUGCCUGACGCAGAUGUACGUCAGCUACCUCAGCGGCAGCAUCGGGCUGUUCCCGGCGGCGCCGGUGGUGGCGCUGCUGGGCAGCGGCGUCACGACCAUAGUGCUGGCUAGCUCGGUGUUCUCGCGCGCCAACGGCGGCGGUGCGGCCGGCGAGCGUGGCAGCACGCUCAGCCUGCCGACGCUGCCCGAGCGCUGUGCCUGCUGUGGGCGCGGCUGA